AUGAAACUCAAAGAAGAGUCGUUGAAAAUAAAGAAAAAGAAGAAACAGCCCAAGAAGACUUUACCGAAAAAUGUCUUCGAAAUCGUUGGCGAAAGUGGUCAAAUUGUCGAACGCGUAGAUCCAAAAAAGAAGGAAAAGAAAGCUGAUCAAAUACAGGACAAGGAACCCAAGCCAACAUUUAGUGAACGGACGAAAAAACGUCGACGACGUGAAUGGGAUGCAAUGAAUUACGAAUCUUUUGAUAUAACACGUGGUCGAGAUUUCGAAAAAGCUUUACAACGAGUUGCGACACGCGGUAUUGUUCAGUUAUUCAACACUGUUCGAAAACAGCAGCAACAACAGCAUGGUUCAUCAUCAAAGAAAGAGAAAAAAGACACGACGAUCAACAAAGGAGAGUUCCUUGAUAUGCUUAAGACAAUUGAUUCGGAUGAAGUUUCAUGCAAAAUAAUGAAGAAGAAUCCAUCAACGAUUGAAUCAACAACAAAAACAACAACACCAGUCAGAUGGAAUGUCUUACAAGAUGAUCUGAUGGCAAGUGUUCAAGAUAAUAGUGAUGAUGAUGAUGAUUAA